UAUGAGUAAAUUAAUAACAUUGGCAUUCAAAGCAUAGUAUUUUGCUACUAGAGUUUAAUCUGUUAAUAGCAAAGCCAAGGCAUUCACUGCUAUUGAUUUCUAUAAUAAUUUGUUACUGAAUACUCCAACAAAUAAGAAUGGGAGAUAUAAAUUUUAGACAAAUGAUGUAGGACAUUUUGUUAAUAUGGUUGAAAAGGAUAACAUCAAAGAGGCAAUAGAAGUAUUUUAAUUAGUAAAUUGAUUAGGGAUUUAAUAAUAUAUUAGGACAUAAUAAUUAAGUGCAUUGUGGUAUUAAAGAUAAGUUUAUGCUUAAAUGUAUUGAAUUUGAUUAGACAAAAUAUGUUUUGGAUGCCUUAAAAUUUCAUUCAGCAAUAAGAUAUUUCCCUCAUCCUUCUGUGAUAAUGACUUUGGCUAAAAAACUUGAUGAUGAAGGAUUGAUUGAAUUAUUCAAAAUUUUGAAAACAUGUCCAUUUUUAAAAAUUGAUAGUGCUGAUCUUUCGAGUUUGAUUAAAGAUGAUCCAAAAAUAUCGUAUGAAGUUUAUAGAGUGUCAUUGUAGAAGAAAAUAAAAUUAUAACCUAAAGAUUUAUAUAGGAUUGCAAGAUAGUUUUUAUCUGGCAAUAAAGUUAGAAAAGUGUAUAAUCAUUAUUCUUAUUAUGAUUAGUGGUUUUAUGACUUAAUUUGCAUAAGAGAAUGGAAAUGAAAAUGAUAUUUAUUCAUCAUUAAGUGUUUUAUUUACUCAUGUUUAUUUGACAAAUAAAUAAUAAGCUAUCGUUGAAUUAGCUAAAAUAAUUGAACAUAAGGAUGGGUAUAAUCUAUAAUUAUAUUUUAGAUAAACAAUUUUGAAAUAAGAAGAAUAAUAUAUUAAACCCUUAUUAGAAAUCUUAUAAAAAUAAGUAGAAAACGAUGAAAAAUGGAAACCUAGAUUAGAUGAAUUAAUAUCAAAAUUGAGUUGAUUU